GUUUGGCGUGGUGACCCCAACCACUCGGCUAUCCGUGCUGUCAGUACAGUACUAUAUAAAUAGUACCCCCAAAUCCGCCCCAUCACAAUUUACAUAAAGAUGAUGAGAAUCGUCUGAACAUAAUGGUUUACAUUUGUGUGAAGUGACAUAAUUGGGACGCGGCGAAGGUUACUAUGGUACUAUGGUACCACCCAUUGUUGAGACCGCAAUAAGUUGGGAAUGUUUGCUAAAUUUAUAGUUUUCGUUGUGCUUGAAGACAGAUUGCUACAAAGUCUCUUGAAGUCGGAAAAAUUUAUACUUUUGUUUUGGUAUGAGAUUAUUUGACAUUUCCGUAUGUUUUUAUGUAAAAGUUUACCGAGAUAAACAAACGGUUUAUCUCCAAAAAAAUCUUAGUACCUAAAUUGAAAAAUGCUUGUGUGCGAUUCGAAGUUGACACUUAGGCUUCCAUACAAAUAGGAAAAAUAAAAAACAAUUUUAAUAUGAAAAUGGGAAGCCAUCAAAAUGACUGUAACAGUCAACCUCGAUUUUCCUUCGUUUUCUAAUUAUUACUAGCGGCAACAAACAUAUCAAAUGCAGACAGAUUGGCAGUGGAAUCUUAUUAAAAGGUUUCCGAUACCUAUAUCCUUUUAUUCAUGUUUAUGUCUCCAGAAAACUUAUGUGAAUCCUUUUCUCCCCAGAUUAGACCGCUCCUUCCGCGGCAAAGGCCUCUGCGAGCUGAUGACCAAACCAAUAGAAGCUUUCGACCUUCGCCGCGACUUCGUGGAAGACAAAGACUUCGAUUUCUUCGAACUCGACCGAAAUAGCUUGGAACCCAACUGCCCAGAGACGCUACGAGGACCGGGGAUCUUGCAUUCUGGUUUUUUAUCCUCAAAACCGAAUAGGAUCCCUGAUGGUGAUGGUGCUCAGUCAGGAUGGAGAGACAGAUAUGAUAGUUUUGAUGGCAGGAAUCGGGAUCGGUUUGGGGAAGACAGAAGAGGGUUCGGGAAUAAAAGAUAUGAUGACAGGAAUUAUAUACCGUAUAGGAUUAAUCAAGGAUUAGCCCGAAGUGAUGACGAUCAAGAGAACUGGGGGCAGUAUGGUGGAGUCUACGGUGGAUUCGAUCAUUACAAAGACAGGAAUGACUAUCACAAAUCCAUAGACCACUGGAGACUAGCCAGUGAUGCUGAAAAACCAUCUUACGGCGUCAAACCAAUCUCCAACAACAAUUUCAACUACCACAGUUUAGGGAAAAAUGGGGAAACUUGGAGCAGCAGAUAUGGAUAUGGGUCUUGGAAAAGAGGGAGAUGGAAUAAUUCGGGGAGUUCUGGCAAUACUAAUGGAUUAGAUUAUGGGGAAUCGAGUUUUUAUAAACCAAAGUCGCAUGUAUAUGAGCAGAUAGAUCGCAGUGACGAUGGGAGAACGAAAGACUGUUCCUCUCGUCGUCGCCCAGGUAUGUCCUUGGGUAGUGGCGCUAUAAGACGUGCUCUGAUCGCUCGCAAUGUGGUGGAGUGCGAGGCAGCUUGCUUUGGCGAGAGGGAAUUCAAAUGUGUGUCGUAUAGCUAUCGCUAUUCUAACUCCCACGGGUCCGACAAUUGCUUCCUAAGCGAGAGACCUUACAGAGGUCUCGAGAUGUCAGCUGACAGUAGCUCUGAUGUGUACGCCAUGCCACAAGACCAGGGCUGUGUGACUAUCAACUAUAAACCUUGGGUCGAAAGCGAGUGCUUCUGGCACGUGCGGUCUGGCUCGGCUGUGAGUGACGGUGCUGUGGGCGCGGCGCUGACGGUGGGCGGGCUGGGGGCCUGCGAGGCAGAGUGUAUCCGAGCACAUGCCUUCUUCUGCAGGGGGUUUAGCUUCAGGUUCGACUCACCAAAGAUAGGUGAUGACCUUGAGAAUUGCAUCUUAACGUCAUCACCACCGACUUCACUGGAGAAUGGGCACGGCGUGAGGCCUAACAGUGGGCAUGAGCUGUACGCAAGAGGCAACUAUGGGAGAGGAUGCGAGCCGGCGUUAUAUGAUGAUGUACAGCAUCGGGAUGAGGAAUGUUACCUGCAAUACGACAAGGCAGCCAAGCUGACAGGCGCGGCAAUCCGCGGUCAGGCGCGCGUCAAGGACGAGCAGGCGUGUGGACGCGCGUGUAAUGACGCGCCUUUCCGAUGUCUCAGCUUCUCCUUUAAUAACAAAGCUCCCUCAAGUGUGGACAACUGCUUCCUGUCCGAGAUCCGUCUGUUCGACCUUCAGCGCGGCGUCGACUACGAGCACUCAGCCCACGACUGGCUCUUCGCCUUUGAUCUCUUCAACGGACAGUGUUGGAGGAAAGUCCACGCGAGUUAUGAUGAACCGGCACCAGAAAUACCUCGUCCCCUCUCCGCACCGCCGGUUGAAGAUCCGUACUCCGUGUCGGGACCAUCUGGUCCCCCGACUACUGGUCUCUCCGGUCCCUCUGGGCCCUCUGGCCCUUCAGCCCCGUCUGGUCCCGAGUAUCCAGAUCAUCAUGAUACACCACACAUUCCAGCGUCUGGACCUCCAAGUGGUCCCGGCUUCAAACCAUACUCGAGACCCGAUCCUUACAAACCCGGGUAUUCUGAUCCUUCAGCGCCCGGGUAUAAACCCAACUACCCACCUAGCGCUCCUCACAAACCAUACCCAGAGCCAUCGGGACCAGACUUCAAACCCGAAUACUCUGGUCCCUCAGGGCCAUAUAAACCGGACUACCCGGGUCCAAUUGGGCCCAGCUUCAAACCUGCUUACACACCACCUGUGAUCGUCACAAACAUUAAAGACUACCCGUCUGGUCCGGGUAGCUACAAACCCGGAUAUUUACCAGACCCGGAUGUAAAACCAUUUAGGCCACAGAGACCGGUUUUCAGGCCUAAUGACUUUGUUGAGAAACCAGGGUAUUUACCGGAGAAACCGGGUUAUUUGCCUGAACGGAGACCGGGUUAUCCGGGACCAAGCCGACCGAUCCAGGAUGUGUACAGACCAAGACCAGGGGGUAAACCAGGAUUACCUGAUAGGGAAGUCAGCGAACCAUCAUCAGUAUCCCGACACUACACAGUCUCGGGCUUCCCGUGUCGCUCUGGCUCCCGCUGCGCGCAGAACACGGUAGCUGGCCACUGGGCUUGUGAGCCUGAGGGUGGAGAGAUAGGAUCUUGGGAUUACUGCUGCUCUCCCACACACCGUUGUGGCUACAGUGAGGGAUUCCAUAAACCAUGGUGCUACGUAGGCCCCAAUGAGGACCAAUGGCGUCCGUGCAGCGAGAAGUAUUACCCCUACCACCAGCACAAGAUACCCCAUCCGUCACAAGCACAGGAUGCUCAUCAGGGGAACAGACCCUCGGGACCACCCGGACCCCCAGGAUCGGGACGACCGGGACUACAGGGGCCAGUGGGACCAUAUAUAUCUGAAGGCGACCGGAAGUACUGGGACGACUUGUACAAGAACGGACCUCAAGCUUACUAUGAUAAAUAUGGGAAUCCUUUACCAGGUUAUUCUCGAGUCCCAACUGAGUCUCGUCCUCAUAUCAAGUUCAGCCACAACUCGCCUCCGCCGGGGACCGGGACCUGGCUGCCGGUUUCGCCUUCACAGGGACCAGAAGGACCACCGCCCAACGGACUAGGAGUACCAAGAUACUGGCCCGUUGCUUACCUACACAAGGAACCGCCACCAAACACAACCUACUUCCGUUACAACGAGACUCAACAGCCCACAACCACAACCGAACGGUUCACAACCACCGCCUUACCGACAACCCAGCAACCGAGAAGCGACAACCAAGAGAAACACCGAGACGAGAAAAAACGAAAUAUAAGCGACUUUGACGAAGUUCUAGAAAUAACUACUGUCAAAGUUAUCCCUACUACUACAGCACUACCUGUCAAAGAAGUAGUAGUGACAGAAGAGCCAGUGACAGAGAAUAUAACUGAAGUAGAAAUAGUUAAACCAGAAAGCGUCAAAAUCAAAGACACAAUUCCAGGAAUCGAUGAUAAAAUCGAUGAUUUCUCGAGUUCGAUUGAAGUGAUCGAUUUAGAUGACGUCAAAGGCGAUAAGUUGUCUGAUCUAAAAAUGCUAGAGGCAGAAGAGAGACAGAUUGAGGAAAUAGGCCGGAUUUUGGCUUCAAGAAGAGGCGGAAAACUAGUUUUAGACAAACGUUCACAAAAAGACUUAGAAUCGAAACACAUAGCAAUCGAUAAAGAUUUACUCGAUUUCAAUUUCGGUAAUCGAUUUAAUAUAGAACGAAGAGGAGUUAUACAGAAGGUGAGUAAAGAUGAGAUUGAAAGAGAAAGAGCCGAUAAGAGUUUAGAAGUGAGUGAGACAUCAUUUGUAAGACCACCAAGAGUCUUAUCCACUACAGAAAAUAUUCGAAAAGCUAUAGUUAAUGGGAAGGUCUUUUACGAUGCCACAAUAAGAGAACAGAGAGAUAUAUACACUAACUCCACUCGCAAGAGUAAGAGUUUAAGGAAUGACGAGAAAAUCACUAACUUGGCGUCAACAGCUAGUUUUGGGAAGAAAAUUGUCAAAACUAGGAACGUCAACCCCGUUAGAAGAGUCAGAAGGGUUUACAGAAAGAGAUACAAUCCAGAAGAAGUGAGAAGGAGAUUGUUAGAGAGAGAAAAGAGUAAAAUAGAGACUAGUAGUGACAGUUCGAAAAAAAUAUAAUUGGUAUUGUAUUUUUUUUGCUCAUUUAUUAAGGGCCUCGAAACAAUUCAAUUUUUUAUCGAACAUAAAGUGCUUGAUAGAACCGUUUCAGACAGAUUGAAGCAACUAUGAAAUAGACCGUCAAAAUCUAAAAAUAUAACCUAACAAAUAAUUACGCAUAAUUUUGUGAAACCUUCUUGUAACAAAUGAAUACUACAUUGUUCCGUUUAAUUUGACCUCCUACUAAAAAUAUGAAAUAUCUAAGGACGCUCAAAUUCUUGAAAAUUUCAUAAUCUUUCAAAUUCAAUUAAGUAAUCGGUUUAAUUGGAUGGCUGGGAUAGAAUAGUCGUACAGGUGACCACGCUAAACCUACUGUCAGUGCCGUGUCGCAGGUUCGAUCCCCACGUAAGACAAGCAUUUUUGUGAUGCACGAAUGCUCUUUCUAUGUUUGGGUGUCUUUGUGCGUGUGACUUGAAUGUUUGAGAAAAUUUUGAAAGUCACAAGGAUUAAAUUAAUAAAGCUUGAAUCGAUUUUAAAAAAAGUAACAUAUUCAAAAUUUUGAGUCUAAUAUGAGUAUCGUCUCGGGGCCCUACAAAGGCAUUUUAUGAAAAUGUAAUUCAUAUUUUUUUUUGAAAUUUAGUUUUAAUAAAUAUUUUAAAUAAUUUUCAUUAUUAAGGUAACGGAUAGGUGCUUAAAUAAUUGUCAGUUUGCCUUAAAUUUUAAUUUAAGUUGAAUUGACGAUGCGAAUUCAAAAUUAAAA